GGGAAAGAGAAAGUGAAAAUUACAAGAAUUUGUUUUGUUUACAACGAUAAUUUCUUUCCCCCUGUCAAUCCCCUCUAAGACCGCUUUAAAUGAUUGCCCAGUAGUCAUUCAUGUGCGCGCGCAUCUGAAAUGCUUCUUCUUCUUCUCAUCAGCCAACAAGCUGUACACAAAAAUCGAUAAGAAAUGACGUCAUUCAGGGGAGUGGGUGGAACAGCUAUUUACAGUUUUAUAUGUUGUUUAAAUGGAGAACCUUCCUGAAGACUGUUUAUUAUUAAUUUUAAGCUAUCUGGAUCUUAAGUCACAAUUGUCAUUAUGCGAUGUGCACUCGCGGUUCCCCAUUAUAUUGAGUUAUCUUUGGCAAUCUCGAUAUAAGACUAAUGAUCUUUCAAUAAACGCCAUGGAAUUCACCAUUAAUGAUUUACAUCAUUUAUUCAAAAACAUUUGCAUAUUCAUAAAAAAGCUGCGAAUUAAAUUUGCAGAGUUGGAACACUUACAGGUGCUUACCUCCUACACAUAUCCUACUGUCGAUGACUUACGAUUUCAUGUCACAAGCAAAAAGUCUGUAACAGACUCUGAUAUGUCGAAAAUACAGAAUUGUUUUCCAAAUUUAAAAACCUUAAGUCCAAUGGGAAAUUUUACCGGCAAAGAAUUUGUUAACUACAAAGGUUUGGAAAAUCUAACCUUAUCCUACUGCACAAGUAAAUUUAAGGUUGAGAACUUACAAAAAUUAAUGAUCGGAAAUCGGCUUAAAGAAAUCAAAUUGGAGUUGUUUGAUACCAAAUGUGUGGAGUCCAUAAAAUUACCCAAAGAGAGUGUAAGUAAUCUAGAAAUGAUUACAAUUGAUGACAACGAAUUUCCUUGGUUUUCCAAACAUUUUGAUGUGAUGAAUCAUUUAAAAGAGCUUCAUAUUUCGGGAACAGAGUGCAGAAAUGGAACUUUUCGAGGCUCUCUUAUUGAAGAAUUACGUUUAGUGAAAUCCAAGCGUCGCUUACACAGUUUGGAAUUUGGUUUCAGAAAUCAUUGGCGUGACGGUCUCGAGUAUCUAUUCGAUAUUGUCGAUUCUAGAUUGUAUGUCGAUAUUCUCAAAAUUGUAUCAAUGAGACUAGCCAUUGCCAAUAGGCAUACUAUUGGGGAAAACAUAAAACAAUUGUAUUUCAAGAACUGCAAUUUCGCAGGUAGACAAUUUUUUAACAAUAUUUUGUUCAAAACCAAAUACUUGGAUGUGAUAAGCUUUGACAAUUGUACAUUUGGCUUUAGCGAUAAAGUUUUCAUAUUUGAUGCCGAAAAAAUGAGAGAAGGUUGCUUUAACAAGCAAACUAUGUAUCUGACUAACAAUCAAUAUGAAUUUCCGGUGGGCUCUGACUUUAAAUGGGAAGUGCGGCAUCCACAUCAUUUAUUUGAGCUCUGCACGGAUAAAGCAAUUAGUUAUAGUUACUAUCCAAUAUCUAUAUGUUUCAAAAAUGAAUAAACCAAUAUAAAUUCUCUAAUGAAA